CAUAUAGUACUCGAAUCACUUCGAAAUGAAAAUGUGGCUGAUACAACAGAUUUUAUUUAUAAAUUUGGUGCUUUUCGCAUAUGUGCACCCGAAAGUUAUAUCCACCAACUUGGAAUGUGAUUUUAAUAGAGAAGUUUGUGAUCCCUCAAAUUGCCUGCUGCAGCAGGGACGUGGAAAAUUUAAAUACUUAACCUCUAGCUGUAACUUCAUUAAGCCAAUGAAAGCUGUAAUGAUAGAUAUGGAGUUAAUGCGCCGCAACAAAUUAGGUAAUUACGAAAACUUAAAUAUGCGGACAUCAAUAAAUGCUUGUAAGUGGGAAAUCCUAAAAGGUGGCAAUGGCAUAAUCAAUAAUAUCAUGACGAUAAGCAUGCGCAGACUAAGCAACAUAAAGUGUCCACUACAGGGCAACAUCAAUGUAACGCGUACACCGCUAUGGCUUUUCAUAGUGGAAGGUUUUCUUCCGAAAGCUGAAUAUAAAAUGUUCGUUAAAGUGUACAAUGAUGCUCUUUCAAUAGUAAAAAUGAAUAUUUCAAUCAGUGUCGCUUAGGCGAAAAAUUGAAACUGAUAGCGUCAAACAGUUAAGAUACCCUCGUACAUAUGUACAUUCGUGUGAUUCUUUUAACUUAAUUUCAUGUAGAUUAAAUGUUCAAAGUUAUACCCUUUAAAACUACAGCUUUUUAUUAGAGAAAAAAAAUCAUGAAAUCGUAUUUUUUGUUUGAUCUAAUAACUUACGCUGAUCAUUUAUGUAUAUAUUUUAUGUUCCACGUUUUCUGCGAGGAGAAUUAAGUCUAUUAAAAAUCAAGUAAUAAAUAUGGUAUUUAUUAUAAUUACUUGAGUUCCAAGUUGGAGCAAACUUUCGUUUAGAAUUCCUGAGAGCAAAUUUGUCAAGUAAAUAAUUGAAAAAAAAAAUUUUUCCACGUCAAAGCUUGUUAUCAAUUCAACAACACAACCGAAGCUUUUUUGACUUCGCUUUAGCGGUUGGGAAAAAAUUGUUUUGGGAAUUUCAUUUGAGUAUACACAGCAUAACAAUUGCAAAUUGAGGCAAUAAUCAUCAACUUUUGAGUAAUGAUU